GUCCGUUCUGAAUCCUUCCGGGCAAAACCUCUAUCAUUUCAAUUUAAUUUCCCUUGCUAGUGCUAGCUAGCUAGAGGCAAGUUAUAAAGAACGUGAGACCCCUCAGACUUACGACGCAGCACAACCCACUGGAGAGGAAUGAGCCAGGCGACGCAACAAUUGGGUGCUGACCCCACGGCACUGAGAGAACAACUCUUUGACUUCUGGACCAGGAAAGAGCUAGAGCCGCUGCGAGCUGUAGCCUUCAAGGGCUUUUCAGAAUUCCAGACACCCCUAGAGGACCUGCUGUGUGUCCUGGAGGGCUGUCCAGGCAGGCAGAAGGGGAAGGCCACCACCAUGGGCCACAGCAUCCUCAUGGAGUUUGAGCGCUGGAGACGCACACAUCCCAAGGUGACCCUCCAGGCCGUCCCAGAGGUCUCUAAAUUGGGAUUGCAGCGUCGUGCUCUCAGCCUUCUCACGGACGCCCAGCCCAGCUUCAUGGAUCCUCUCAUAGACAUCUACCAGCUGGGGAAUCUGGACCGGAGCAUCCUGAGGCUGCAUAUCAUCAAACUGCAGGCUGUCAACUGCUACAGGGAGGCUGCGUUGUUAAGCAUGAAACUGGAGCUUCAGAAUGAAGUGGAUAUGGAGGAGAUGUGUGUCCCUCUGAUUCUACAGGACAAGCUUCCUAUGGCCGAGUCGUUUGUAAGGGGCCAUCCUAGACUGGAGGAACGUAUGGUCACACUGCUGGACUCCUGGUGCCAUCCUGACUUCAGCAUAGCACAACUACGCAGGCAGUUUCCCCGCUUGUCCCUCUCCAAACAUCAAACUGAUCAAAUCCAGCCCAAGAUGCUCAGCAAACAAGUGUUUCGACUGAUGGAGAAAUUCAACAUUGACCCAGGCCUGUGUCCCAACUCUGUGUACAAGCGUAAAUCAGACUCCAUGCGUUUCCUCAUGUAUAAAAGGUUUGUAGAGAAAGGCAUGUCAGAGGAGAACUGGAGGGACCAUGUACAGUCGACAGUGGCAGACGACCCAGAGCUGCAAAUCCAGUUGGUUGAGUUGAUGGUUAAGUAUGGUGGGAUGGUCAACGCUGCCCAGUGGUCACUACACUACGGUCUCCCCAAAGAUCGUCUGCCGUUUGGGGUGUGGGACACACAGGAGAGCCUACCACCCUCGCUGAGGGAGGUAUCUAAAGGCUGCAAUGCUGAGUCGUGGGACCCGUCACAGGCACACCGUGAUAGGUUCUACCAGCUGCCAAUCACCAGGGACCAUGUCCACUUCCUGGAGACCGUGGAGGGGCUACAGCGCUGCAGAGACACAGUGCUACAGCCUGGUUGUAUAGUAGGGGUGGAUAUGGAGUGGAGGGCAGGGUUCGGUGCAGUGUCUCCCCAGCAGAGGGUAGCUUUGAUCCAGCUAGCAGUGCCAGGCCAGGUGUUCCUGUUGGACCUGUGUGCCCAUGGAUUCUCUCAACAUAACAUUACUGUCACCUUCAUCAGGAGCCUCUUCUCUGCUACCACGGUCCUCAAGCUCGGUUAUGGGAUGGCAGGGGACCUGAAGUGUCUUCUGGCCACAUGGGCCCAGUUCUCUGAGGAACCUCUGAAGAUGGAAGGAGUGUUAGAUCUACUGAACGUGCACCAACAGAUGCAGCGUAGCACCAGCAGUCGUGGUAGCGGGGGACCUCGCGGUGUGCUGGUUGGGGAGGGCCCAGCAGAGAAGGGUCUCAGUCUCCUGGUCCAGCAGGUCCUGGGGAAACCCCUAGAUAAGAUGGAACAGCUGUCUAACUGGGAGAGACGACCACUGAGGACGAGUCAGCUACGCUACGCCGCUGUCGAUGCAUACUGCUUAUUGGACGUCUACUCAGCGCUCUCUCGUGACCCAGCAAGCUUUGGGCUGCCACAGGACUUGUGCUCCAUCUCCUCACUUCAGACUGAGAAGAGUAAAGAGGAGAAGAAGCGGAAAGAGGAGAAGAAGAAGCAGGCCCGGCGCCGAGGGGCACACCAGGAGUCAGACCCAGCCCCAACCCCAACCCUAGGCCCAGAGAAAAGCCCCCAGCUUGGGGAGGACAGUCAGAGUCCACUGCCCCCACGCAUGGCUCCUCAACAACUGCGUGUGGUGUGUGACAACAUGCUACAGGGUCUGGGGCGCUACCUGCGCUGUCUGGGGGUCGACGUGGUACUGCUGGAGAAUACGGAUGACCAUAGGGUGGCUGCACAGUUAGCCCGAGAAGAUGGACGAGUCAUACUCACCUGUGGUCAGCCGUACCAGACGCUGAAGUCCCAGGUGGGAGAGGGUCGCUGCAUUGCGCUGGACUGCUCAGAGAAAGCCCGGGACCAGGCAGUACGAGUCCUGAAACACUUCAACGUCCAGCCAACCCAGUCGGACAUAUUCAGCCGCUGUCAGGUGUGUAACAGUGACCAGUACCUGAAGAUGCCUAGAGAAAACAUGACACGCCUGCUGAAGGAGAGAGGGUUUCUACAACAACAGCAGCAGGCUCCUGUUCCACCAGAGGGUGAAACCUGGGACGACCCCCCUUCCCCGGCCCCAUUCCUGGCCCCAGGUGCCCCCAGGUACUCACCUCAUUGUCGCUGGGCCCCUCUGUCAGACCUGGACUCCUCCACCCUCACCUUCCCUAGGGGAGCGGUGGUACAGCUGCACACCGUGCCCCCCGGCCUGCUACCCAGGAUACCCUUCUUCUUUAUCUGCACCGGCUGUGGCAAGAUCUUCUGGGAGGGCUCCCACUUCAGCAGGGUCUUGUCACAGUUUCAGGAAGUGUUGUGUAUCACUGAGGAUACUGAAGAUACUCUGAGUUUUUCAACCCAACAGGACCGACCCCUAACCUCUGACCGCUAAUCUCUGUCCAUCUUGCAGGGAACAAAAAGGCUGCUGACGGAACUAAGCCUACUGUACUGAUUACUGUCUUCACACACCUAUUUUGGUGCUUUUCCAUUUCGUCAAACUUUAUCUUCCUAGUUUACUACGUCCCGUUUUACAGACUGUUAUGUUAUUACAAUGGAAUUAACACAAAUUUGACCUUCAAAUUUCCUUCAGUUUUGAAGCCAUAUGUUAUUAUGAGUUGAAAGACUGGUUUGUCUUUUUAUGUGUGAAUGGAUCUGGUUAUGUCUGCGGUCUACUGUCUAGGAAGCUUUUUUACGAGUAUAUGUUUUAUGAAGACACAGUACCAGUCAAAAGUUUAGACACAUCUACUCAUUCAAGUUUUUUUUUUUUUCUACAUUGUAGAAUAAUAGUGAAGACCUCAAAACUAUGAAAUAACACAUAUGGAAUCAUGUAGUAACCAUAAAAGUGUUAAACAAAUAAAAAUAUAUUUUAGAUUUAAGAUUCUUCAAAGUAGCCAUCCUUUGUCUUGAUAACAGCUUUGCACAGUUUUGGUAUUCUCUCAACCAGCUUCAUGAGGAAUGCUUUUCCAACCGUCUUGAAGGAGUUCCCACAUUCUGAGCACUUGUUGGCUGCUUUUCCUUCACUCUGCGGUCCAACUUAUCCCAAACCAUCUCAUUUGGGUUGAGGUCGGGUGAUUGGAGGCCAGGUCAUCUGAUGCAGCACUCCCAUCACUCUCCUUGGUUACUAAAGAUUCCAUAUGUGUUAUUUAAUAGUUUUGAUGUCUUCUAUUAUUCUACAUUGUAGAAAAUAGUUAAAAAAAUAAAAACCCUGGAAUGAGUAGGUGUUCUAAAACUUAACUGGUACGGUAUAUGUUCUUCAUCUUAAACUCGGUUUGAUUUUAACUACUUUUCCAUAAGUGACAAGGGGCUUCAUGCUAUUCUAUAUUCUGUGAAUCCUGUCUUUUAUUGUUGAUUAUGAAAUAAGUUGUUUUAUAAAAAGGUAACUCUCGUUAUCACUGAUGGCGUUCCGUAUUUCUGUCAAUUAUUUAUUUCAUCCUUAUCUUAGGAUAGGCUUCAACCAGCCUGAGAUGAGGUUAGUUUGUUUUCUUACUUUUCUUGAAUUAUUAGCAUAACGUUUUGGAUGUCUAUGGCUAUUAUGUGCUGAUCUUAUUGCUCUAGUUCAACAGGAGGUCUUCAUUGACUUUUAGGCAAUCUAAAGGCAAUCUAAAGACUAUUACUCACCUAAGAUGUCUGGAGGCACUUCUCAUAUUGGAUGGUGAUAGUGGUUUACUUGACUUCACCUCUGGGACUGGUGGUGUAACGUGACCCACCGCUCACCUCUGGGACUGGUGGUGUAACGUGACCCACCUCUGGGACUGGUGGUGUAACGUGACCCACCUCUGGGACUGGUGGUGUAACGUGACCCACCUCUGGGACUGGUGGUGUAAUGUGACCCACCUCUGGGACUGGUGGUGUAAUGUGACCCACCUCUGGGACUGGUGGUGUAACGUGACCCACCUCUGGGACUGGUGGUGUAACGUGACCCACCGCUCACCUCUGGGACUGGUGGUGUAAUGUGACCCACCUCUGGGACUGGUGGUGUAGCGUGACCCACCUCUGGGACUGGUGGUGUAAUGUGACCCACCGCUCACCUCUGGGACUGGUGGUGUAACGUGACCCACCUCUGGGACUGGUUGUGUAACGUGACCGACCGCUCACCUCUGGGACUGGUGAUGUAACGUGACCCACCGCUCACCUCUGGGACUGGUGGUGUAAUGUGACCCACCUCUGGGACUGGUGGUGUAAUGUGACCCACCUCUGGGACUGGUGGUGUAGCGUGACCCACCUCUGGGACUGGUGGUGUAGCGUGACCCACCGCUCAAGGUCACCUGGUAACUCAAACCGUCCCCUGGCCCCCUUUCUGUUUCAGUCCCUGGUCAACAGAGGUGUGAGCUGCUUUAUCCUCUAUCCAUCCAUGCUAAACAAAUGAACACAAAAGGACCAAACGUCAAGAUAAUAAAGGCUUUUGUUGCUUCA